UCCGGUGUGAAUAAACAAGAUACCGGGGAAAUCUGCCCGGUCUGUGAAGUGAAUAAUCAAUCUUAGCCUUAGGAAUCUUCAUUAUUUGAAAUUAUGUCGAUAACUACAACUUUUCGGCAUUUAUCACAAUAUGCAUACAGGCAAUUUGUUGGACUGGUUAUCCCAAGGAAAAUCCACAGUACUAUACACUUACUACACGGCGAAUACGAGUGGCAGGACCCUAAAAGCGAAGAUGAAGUAGUCAAAAUAACGUACGUCGAUAAGGAUGGCAAAGAAACGACGGUCCGGGGGAAGGUUGGUGAUAACGUCCUGUAUCUUGCCCAUCGACACGGCAUCGAGAUGGAAGGUGCGUGUGAGGCAUCGCUUGCCUGCACUACCUGUCACGUGUACGUGCAGGACCAGUACAUGGAUCUCCUAACGCCCCCGGAGGAAAAGGAAGAUGAUCUGCUCGAUAUGGCCCCGUUCCUGAAAGAAAAUUCCCGCCUUGGUUGUCAGAUAAUCCUACAAAAGGAGUUGGAAGGGAUGCGUUUACAGCUCCCACAGGCAACACGGAAUUUCUACGUGGACGGACACAAACCAAAGCCGCACUAGUGACAUCCGGCGGAGAAUCCGGGGCCACUUUACUGGUCAGUUACUGUUUUAACACAGUUUUAUUGUUUUGAUUGUUCAUUAGAGCUAGUGGCCAUUUAAAUGUGACAUGAUAAUGGCAAUCAAAAAUUAUGUCUUGCAAUCGA